AGUUGGUCUAGCUAUUCUCCCCAGAUAUUACAGCUUCAUUCUUCCGCCCUACAAUCAUUUUCAACUGUGCUUAGUGGAACAAAGGCACCUUGACUCAGGGCAUCAUACAUCGAUUCUUACAUUGGGCGCAUCUCCUAACCCUUCCUCGCUCAACUCAACACCACACUCCCCGAAACCUCAUAGACAACCGCCAAGAUGUUCAUUGCACGGUCAGAAUAUGAUCGUGGUAUCAACACUUUCUCGCCCGAGGGGCGUCUCUUCCAAGUCGAAUAUUCUCUUGAAGCCAUCAAGCUAGGCUCGACCGCGAUAGGAGUAGCUACAGGAGAAGGCGUGAUCCUCGGCGUGGAGAAGCGAGUAACAUCGACGCUGCUAGAGACGAGCUCAGUGGAAAAGAUUGUCGAGAUUGACAGACACAUUGGCUGUGCGAUGAGUGGACUGCAAGCCGAUGCGCGAAGCAUGAUUGAGCACGCGCGAGUAGAAUCCCAGAACCACGCAUUCAACUACAACGAGCCCCUGCGAGUGGAGAGCUGCACACAAGCCAUUUGCGACUUGGCACUGCGAUUCGGCGAGGGAGCCGAUGGCGAGGAGAGCAUCAUGAGUCGGCCCUUUGGUGUCGCUCUACUCAUUGCCGGAUUCGACGAAGAUGGUCCUCAGCUCUAUCACGCCGAACCAUCAGGUACAUUCUACAGAUACGACGCCAAAGCAAUCGGGUCCGGAUCCGAGGGCGCCCAAGCCGAGCUGCAAAACGAGUACCACAAGUCCCUGACACUUCCCGAGGCCGAGACCCUUGUCCUCAAGACCCUGAAGCAGGUCAUGGAGGAGAAGCUCGACGCCAAGAACGUCCAGCUUGCGAGCGUCACAAAGGAAAAGGGCUUCCGGAUCUACACGGACGAGGAAAUGGCCGAUUGCGUCGGCCGAUUGCCGACAAACUAAUUAAGCUGGCAAACUCGCGCGCGUUAGGCUCAGUCGAGUCCAGUUCCAGUUCCGUCAGCGCUGUCAGCGCCGCCAGCGAAAAUGACCACAUCUUUACAUGUUUGUAGCAGAAUAGAAUUCAAAGAAAUAAGAUGCAAUCCUCUUUUUCUCUCUCG